AUGAACACAGAAGAAAAUAAGAAAAUGUAACAAAGCGAUGGGGAUGAGAUCUUCAUUCACAUCUAAAGUCACGCAGACUAAUAUAAAAUUUAAUAAACAGAUGAUAGAAGCUAGAACUAAAUCAUGAUACCUAAUCAAGCAAUCGAACCUCAAAAAAAUAAGCUAACACCUUUCACUUUAGAAUAAAUAAAAUUGGUUUCAUCAACUUAAGUUAGUGGAGAUGGCCAUGUUAAAUCGGUAAAAGUUUAAUGUCCAUAAUGUAAGAAAAAGGUUGAUACUGUUGUUGUGCGCAAACCUGGGUCUCAAACCUACGUUGCUUCUUGUUUACUUUUGUUGUGUUCAUUUGGUCUGGUUUGUGUUUCUUGUCUUCCUUGCAUAAUUGACGACUGCAAGGAUGCUUUACACUCGUGCCCCUAAUGCAAAAUUUCACUUGGAAAAACCGAAUUUAAAAUUUUGGAUUGA